CGGGUGACUUGUCCGUGCGUAGUGCAUUCCCGUCGCCAUUGCAGCGGCGUGAACGAGACAGUUUCGUUCGCCCUGAUAGGGAUAUCCAUCGCGUCCGGCAGCCGCCUGGGGGUCCUCAGCUCCCCGACCUGAAGGUCAACCCGUCUCCGGAAGCACUCCUCCACCCAGCAAGUAUAUUGCACGCGCAUUGAAUACGAUAGCGUUCGUGCACAUUUUUUCGGCUAGACUGGUAUAAACAUGGCUUUGUAAAAUGUGUCCUACGAAAUCAUCUCGUGUCGCUAACGCUCCACGCGGUGGACGCCCAUCAUCCGGCGCGCCCUUAGUAAGUAAGUCUGGAGGAAAUGGAAAAGUUAAAGGCAAUCGCCCGAAUCAGGCAUCGGCGAAGGGCCAGCCAUCUGAUUCGAAAAGAACAACCAAGGUGAGCGCAUAUGCGCUGGGUGGCAAGCAAUUGCCGCGCGGCGGCCGUCGCCGUGAACCGGCUGGCGGCAGUUUUCCGACCAACAAAUCUGAACCAUCUCGCAAACCGCAGCCGCAACGGGCGCGCGGUUUCGACAAACGCCCGCGCACACGUGGUGUCUACAUCCCUGGCAAUAAUGCUGGCGGUGCAGGCAGUCGAGAUACAACCCGGCUAGAACAGGAUGAACUGGAACCGGAAGUUGGAUCCGUUUUUGUGCAAGGCAGCAAGAAGCAGAGUUUGAAUCAUCUGCUCAACUUUCAUUACACGCCACGUGAGAAUCACACUGGCGGUGGACAUACUGCGAGGAGUCCCAAUGUCGGUCACAAAUGGGUGACUACUGGAAAGCACAAGUACAACAAGGAGCAUUUCAUUCAAGCAAAUUGUCAAUUUAUUGUGCAAUCUUCAGGGGACUACAAGCAGUACAUGAACAAUCCUGAUGCUCUUGUUGACUGGAGUUUAAUUGAACAAAUUAAUCUGCAAGUUAAUGAAAACCCAUCAUGUCCGAUCUGCCUGUAUCCACCUUCGGCAGCCAAAAUGACCCGUUGCGGUCAUAUCUAUUGUUGGUCCUGUAUUCUACACUACCUGGCAUUGUCUGAGAAGUCCUGGAGUAAAUGCCCUAUCUGCCAUGAGGCAGUACAUCAGCAAGACCUCAAAAGUGUUGUGGCGGUCUCACAUCCGUCAUUCAACGUGAACGAAGCGAUCACGUUCAAGUUGAUGAAGCGCGCUCGCGGUUCUCUAAUUGCAUAUCCGAUCGACACGGCAAUCAAUACAAGCGAAGAUCAACCAUUCUUUGUUUCGGACGCGCAAUCACCGAAUGUCAACUGCAAAUUGUUGAUCGCCAACAAUUGCGAUAUCAUGGCGAUCAUCGAACGCGAAAAGUUGGAGUUGAAGGCUCAGCUCAGUGAGCAAAUCGACUUAUCAGAGAAUUGCUUCAUCGAGCAGUCUAUCGCCAAACUUCAAGAGCGUGAAAAUAUUCUUUUGGCGAAUUUAUCCAACGAAGUAAAACCGCGCGAACGGUUCGAAAGCUCAAGCAGCGAUAUGCUCAGCGGCGAGGAACAACCAUCCAGUGAGCUGGCAUCAUUCGCAUCAACAACUAGCGAUCCUCCUAUGAAGUAUUUCUACUUUUAUCAGGCCGCUGAUGGUCAGCAUAUAUAUCUACAUUCAGUCAAUGUAAGGAUGUUGGAGCAUACUUACGGUUCACUGGAGUUUUCACCAAAGACAAUCUCCGGACGCAUUGUUGAGAAGGAAGGCGGGUCGAUGACUGAAGAGUUACGCAAUCGUUUUCGGUAUUUGCAGCAUUUACCGGUGACUUGCCAGUUUGAAGUUGCUGAAAUUCAGCUGCAAUCUUCAUGCAUCAACAAGGAAACUGCUGAUGAGUUUUCAGAACAGCUAGGGUUGAGAAAGAAACGGCGUCAGAAACGUGCUAGAGAAGAAAAACGCAGGGAGAAAAAGAUUAAUGAAGAGGAAAAUCGACAAAUGGGGAAAAUUCCUUCGGCGAAUAUUGAGUUAGAGUCGCAGGUGCAGUUUCCAGAGUUUGGGAGUAGCCCCGGGUCGAUGGGUAAAGAAAGAAUGCGUGAAGAUUCCUUAUCUACGUCGAGAAGUGUUUCACCUGUUUCCUUACGGAGUCAGGGUGAUGGAGAAGUAUCAGGACCAUCUUUUGCUACGAUGUUAACUGCAAAGCGCCAACAACCAUCUUGGCCGCAACUUAAAUCAUCUCCACAAAUCUCGCAGGUGGAAUCUUUCCGUUUGAUUAACGUCACCGGCUCAAAGCUCACAGCCACGCCAAGGCAGGUGAGGGUAGACAGCGAUAACGAAGAUGAAGAUUACGUCCCGGCGCCGGCUUACAACAGCAGUUUUAGCGAUGCAAUCGCGAUGGCUUUAGAGAAAGCCUCUCUGUCGCACGAUGUCGACGCAGUGGGCGAUAACAACGUAAAGUGCGGAGAAAAGAAGAAGAAGAACAAACAAAAGAUCUUGUUUGCUACGUCUAUGACCUACUGCGACAAAUAGUUGCAGGAAGAGAUGAUAAUUAUUAUUUGUGUUUUAAACAAAAACAAAUUUUGGUUGCACUACAGGUACUACUCAAGCAAGUCACAUAAAAUUUUGAUUUCUACAUAACAGCUAAUAUAAAUUACAUAGUAAUAUAAUACCGCAGAUUAAUUAUGUAUUAAUUUAUUUUGAAAUGUGUUAUAAAUUCUUUAAAUUCGUCUAUUUUCGUACGAAUAUGUUACUAACUUUUAUUGUUCAUGAUUAUAAUGGUUAUAAAAA